UUAGUAAUUAGUUUUUUAACUACUGGCAACACUUGAGGGAUCGUCAGUCAGCUGACUUGUAUUGAGUGACAUUAAACAUCACCUUAUGAUCCUCAAAUUUGUAAGUCUUGUGAUCAAUUUUUAAAAUAGUCACUUGAAGUCGUGAGUUUACACUAUGUCUUCAAAAGAAAGAUUACCGAUUUUUCCUUCCAGAGGAGCUCAAAUGAUGAUGAAAGCAAGACUUAAGGGAGCGCAGAAAGGACACAGUUUACUCAAGAAAAAAGCUGAUGCACUGCAAAUGAGAUUUCGUAUGAUUUUGAACAAGAUUAUACAGACUAAAACUCUCAUGGGGGAAGUGAUGAAAGAAGCUGCCUUUUCUCUAGCCGAAGCAAAAUUUGCUACAGGCGACUUCAAUCAAGUUGUGUUACAAAAUGUGACUAAGGCACAAAUUAAAAUAAGAACCAAAAAAGACAAUGUCGCAGGUGUAACCUUACCGGUUUUUGAAUGCUAUCAAGAUGGUACUGAUACAUAUGAAUUGGCUGGAUUAGCUAGAGGAGGGCAGCAAUUGGCUAAACUAAAAAAGAACUAUCAGAGCGCAGUGAGGCUUCUGGUGGAAUUGGCAUCUUUGCAAACUUCAUUUGUAACCUUAGAUGAAGUCAUCAAAAUCACAAACAGAAGAGUUAAUGCUAUUGAACAUGUUAUUAUUCCCAGAAUUGACCGUACUUUGGCCUACAUCAUUUCUGAACUUGAUGAACUGGAAAGAGAAGAAUUUUACAGGCUGAAAAAAAUUCAGGAUAAAAAGAAAAUUCAUAAAGCUAAAGUUGAGAAAGAGAAACAAGCUCUUAUUCAAGCAGGACUUUUGAAAGAAAGCAGUGCAGGCAACUUGUUAGAUGAGGGUGAUGAAGAUCUUCUGUUUUAAAUUGGGUGUUCAAAAAUAGCAGUUUGAGGAUUCCUUCAAUUGAUGAUGGAUAUGAAAACUGCAGUUCAACAGCAGAUAUGAUAUUGAAUUGACUAUUCCAACAUUGAAUUGACCGUAUCAAUAUUACAUAAUGUAUAUAUUAUUUAACAAUUUUUCAGAUAUACUUGUUUUUCCCCAUAUUACCUUUUAUGAAUAGAAUAGAAUACCUGUC